AAGGGGAAUCACCAAUAACCCUGUUACACAUGAUGAAUCAACACUCAGGGUGGGGACAGACACUCCAUCUCAGUAUUGAGCGCAGUUCACAAUGUAUGUAGACUUAUCUCAUCAUGGUAACCUUUGUGACAGGUAGGCCUACAUUUUAUGCAGCAUAGCCUAUGCUAACGUAAUUUCAAGACCGAAUGCGCGUCUAAUUUGCCCGUCUCCAUCUGGUUUUCGGGGAUCAACUUGUUUUUUUAAUUGUAAAGAUGUUUUAUUUUAUUGCAGCUGCAGAGUAUUAAAACGUCCUAUCACCAGUGUUGGAAAAGUAUCCAACUGUCAUACUUGAGUAAAAGUAAAGAUACCAUAAUAGAAAAUGACAACGUCACCCAGUAAAAGUCUAGUAUUUGGUUUAAAAUAUACUUAAUCAACAGUAAAAAUAAAUGUCAAAUUCCUUAUAUUAAGUAAACCAGAUGGCACCAUUUAAUGUUUUUCUUUACUGAAAGCUAGGGGCACACGCCAACACUCACAUAAUUUACAAACAAAGCGUGUGUUUAGUGAGUCUGCCAGAUCAAGAGGCCGUAAGGAUGACCAGGGAUGUUCGGUUGAUAAGUGCGUGAAUGACUAUUUUCCUAUCCUGCUAAGCUUUCAAAAUGUAACAAGUAGCCUACUUUUGGGUGUCAAAUGUAUGGAUUAAAAAAUACAAUAUUUUCUUAAGGAAUGUACAGUAGUUAAGUAAAAGUAGUCAAAUGUAAAUAUUAAAAGUACAAAUACCCGAAAUGGCUACUUUAUAAACUGCCUAGCACUCGAAUAUUUGUUGCUUUGAAUCAGUACACGCGCGAGCACUCCAACUCUUCUAGAUUGAUACGUAAAGUAUAGGCAUAUAUUUAAUGCAGUAUUAGCCUUAUAUUUAGCUAAUUGAUGGGUUAUGCAUAAUAAGCAUUAAUGUAUAGUCUCUCUUGCGCAAUACGCAAUCACCUGUGCUUGUAACGUCUGCUUCCAACUCACUCUCAAACACGUAGAUAGAUCCCCUGAACGCAGCUCACGCUCGCAAACACAACAUUGUGUGAACAAUCACCUGUAUGUCAUUAUCACACACUAGUUCAGUUCUUUGCGAAGUAUUGCUUGUUUUGUGACACGUCUAUUCGGAGCGCGGGUUUCCCCCUUGUGAUCUAAGCCUCCCGUGUAUGAUCGUUUUGCCUGCCUCACAAACGACACCUUUGCCUAGUCACUGCCUGUGUUUUAGCCCAUCGGAUUUCCUGUUAAACGUUACGUACGCCGCUAGGAAGAGGGAACGCAACACCCAGCUAUAACCCCACUCUCCGUGGAGUGAGAGGUAUGUGACUGUAGGUGCAAGUAAGGAUGACAAAGGAAGAGUUUGGUACUGUUCACAGGGAAUUUAUUCCGUUACAAGGUAAUGUUGGGGAAAAGGGGCUGGACGGAACCAAAGAAAAGUAAAAUGUCAAAGCCCCCUCUCCUACCUACCUUAGGGCCACCUGGUGCGCCAACCAAAAUAUAGGGGGUGGUCCGCCCAGGUAUUGCCUAGAGUGUAUAGAUAGUAAAUACAACGGGUUAUGUAUACCCGCAUGCCUCUUGCCUAAGCACUUCCUAGGUGCCUCCCCCCCCCUGGGAGCAAAUGAAACAGAAUAUUACAACAAAAAACACAGGACACCAAAUAAGCUCUCUGACUGAGCAACAAACUAACACAGAACAUAACCAUCAGCUCUCUCAGCAACAACUAACAUAGUACAUACCACAUCUGUUUGAGAAACAACCAACACAGGUUAUCACAGGACACUAAUCAUCUCUCUUCUGAGCAACAGAACACUGGUUUAUACAGCUGGAGAGGAGUCUGUAAUGGGAUACAGCUGUAUCCUGACGAGGGGGCGGGGUCAGCUCCAAUUAUCUGUGGGGCCGACCAAUCAGCUGCUUGGGGGAAUUUCACGAAGCCAUCCCGAAACACACACAAACAAAACCACAACACAGAAACUGGGGUACGUAACAAACGUAUUACCUGAUUUCCCGAACGACGUUACUAGCCUUUUUCCUGCCUGUUUGGAACCUCUGUGCAUGACCUUCUGCCUGCCCCUGGACCAAGCUACCUCCUGUGGUCCUUUACAAAUUAACACCUGCUUCGCCUUGCGCUUGAAACCAGUUCAAUGUCUUCCAACGUGUUCAUUACGGUGCUCUGCUGGCUUCCUUAUUAAUUAAUGCUCAUUAGCUCUUUGGAUUCCCAUGCAGGAAAAUAUUGACUAUACUAGCUUGCAGGACAUUAUUAUGGUUUGCAUUUCUUAUAACAAUAGCCUAUUCUAAGAGGGACGCAAACUUUUGUUGUUGUUGCUUAACGUUAAAUACAGCAGCCAACAGAACUCAGGGCAGUUUGAAAGAAGAGUGAACAUGCCGUGGCGGUAGGCUAUAACAGUUAUUCAUUUAGAUCUAUAAUCAUUCAAUCUUCGUGAAGAAAAGUGAAAGCCUUCUGCAUCUAAUUCCAGUCCUAUAUUAUACAAGGAUGAAAUUAGAAUGAUGAAGAUGAGGAUAACGAAACGUAUUUUAACUGUUGAAAGCGAGGAAGGACUGAAAGAUGAGGUAGGUUAAUAACAUUAGGGGAUAUAUUAUGGAAGGUAUUGUAGCGACCCGCACAGACAGCUGUGUGUUAUGUGUUAGGCUAGGAGGUGGUUGUGUUGUACUGACCAGUACCCGGUGUUCGCGGGGUCCGACCUGUCAAUCAACCUGCUAUCUGCCAAUCACGGGAAUGCCUGGAAUGUUCUGAUGCCGGGCAUCCUGGUGGUUGGCGGAGUGGCGUGGAGGGGGGUUGGGCAGGGGGGUGGAGCAUUGGAAGUUAAGACCAGGUUCAGCCUUUGUUCUCUCUCUUACGUCUGGGUUUCACAAGAGAAGGUCACGAUUGGCUUGUGGGUUAUCUGUCAUCUAUUUGGCGUGUGCUACGGCCCAAACAGUAGCCUGUGUAAAGUUGGUGUAAUAAACCGUCAAUUCGUAAACUCAAGCCUCUGUCUGGACAAUUGUUCAUUUAUGAUCUAGUCAGGUCAUUACAGUAUAUAUGCGUUAGCCUACUAAUUAUACAAAUAGGCCCUAUUACAUUUCAAAAUCAAAUUCGCUAGCCUAUACUAGCGAAGGCCGCAUGUGCUGCCUAGUAAUCGCACGUUCUCUUCUGCUUUAUCAUGGUUUGAACGAUGUGCGUAAUUCCAGUCCACAUAAUACAGUACAUGUAGUAACCCAUGGAACUAUUAAUGCUUUGGAAGGCGUGAGGGAGCAGCUCUUUAUACACUGAUUACUACUAACCCUUGAGCAUGGUAUAACAGACAGGCAGUCAUGAGCAUUAAUAUGGAGUUUGUGCCCCCUUUGCUGCUAUAACAACCUCCACUCUUCUGGGAAGGCUCUCCACUAGAUGUUGGAACAUCGCUUGCUGGUACUUGUGUCCAUUCACCCACAAGAGCAUUAGUUAGGUCUGGCACUGAUGUUGGUCAAUUAGGCCUGGCUUGCAGUCUGCGUUCUAAUCCAUCCCAAAGGUGUUCGAUGGGGUUGAGGUCAGGGCUCUGUGCAGGCCAUUCAAGUUCUUCCACACUGAUGUCAACAAACCAUUUCUGUAUGGACCUUGCUUUGUGGACAGGGGGAUAGUCAUGCUGAAACAGGAAAGGGCCUUCCCCCAAACUCUUGCCACAAAUUUGGAAGCACAGAAUCAUCUAGAAUGUCAUUAUAUGAUAUAGCGUUAAGAUUUCCCUUUACUGGAACUAAGGGUCACAGCCCAAACCAUUAUUCCUCCUCCGCUAAAUUUACAGUUGGCAUCAUGCAUUGGUGCAGGUAGCGUUUCCUGGCAUCCGCCAAACCCAGAUUCGUCCAUCGGACUGCCAGAUGGUGAAGCGUGAUUCAUCACUCCAGAGAACGCGUUUCCACUGCUCUAGAUUCCAAUGGCGGCAAGCUAUACACCCCUCCAGCCAAUGCUUGGCAUUGCGCAUGGUGAUCUUAGGCUUGUGUGCGACUGCUUGGCCAAUCCAUUUCAUGAAGUUCCCAACGAAUAGUUAUUGUGCUGACGUUGCUUCCAGAGGCAGUUUGGAACCCGUAGUGAGUGUUGCAACUGAGGACAGACAAUUUUUACGCGCUACAUGCUUCAGCACUCAGAAGUCCCGUUCUGUGAGCUGGUGUGGCAUGCCACUUCACGGCUGAGCUGUUGUUGCUCCUAAACAUUUCCUCUUCACAAUAAUGCACUGUAUAGUGCACUGUAUUCCCUAUAUAGUGCACUGUAUAGGGAAUAGGGUGCUAUUUGGGACGUAGCGUUGGUGUAAAUUAGUGGCUUAAACCUUCUACGAGACAGCUGAUUUAUUGGAGAGUUGUGUUUUUAUAUUAUUUCAGUUGAGGACAUGCUUAAUUUUUAAGUGCUGCUGUGAGAGCAGCGGUAGUGCAGACCGCAGUAGUGCAGACAACAACAGAAGUACUAUUCCUGUCCUGUCUUAUAUAUAUGCCAUUUAGCAGACGCUUUUAUUCAUACAUUCUACGUAUGGGUGGUCCCGGGAAUCGAACCCACUACCCUGGCGUUACAAGCGCCAUGCUCUACCAACUGAGCUACAGAAGGACCACCACCUAACUGAGCUACAGAAGGACCACUUAUCUUAAUGUUACUCAAGCAGACUCACCGUGUUGGACAAAAUAAAGAAUGGCUCUGCCUGAACUGCCAGACCCAGAGAGCUUUGUCUGGGGCCCUGGGAGAUGCUCCACUUCCUGUUCCUCAGCCAAUGGGAUCCCCACGGCACUCAGCUCCAGCUAAUCAACAACAGCCUCAGCAGAGAGGGCCCAAUCAGCAGGCAGGGCUAUGGCCCACUGAUCCUCAACAGCAACAAAAACCACUGGGUGCCCAAGUAAGUGGCCCUCCUUUCUCCCCUGCCAAACAGAGCAAGGGGCCUGCCCAACCCUCCCCUGCCAAGGUACAACCCUUCCCAGGUAAGAGUGCACACUCCCCUGCCAAGGGUGCACCCUCCCCCACUAAAACAGCAUCCACCCCUGCUAAGGGCACACCCUCCCCUGCCAAAAAGAUAGGACCCAAUGCCCAGAGUAAGGGUACUGCCCAGCCCUCCCCAGCCAAGGGUGCACUGUCCUCUGCUAAAACAGCAUACACCCCUAACAAGUGCACACCCUCCCCUGCCAAACAGACAGGACUCACUGCCCAGAGCAAGGGUUCUGCCCAGCUCUCCCCUGUUAAAUUUGCAACCACCCCUACUAAGGGUGCACCCUCUCCUAGUAAGAGUGCACCAACUCAACUUAAACCCAACAAGCAGGCCGGUAAACAGCAGCAGGGCCAGGAUAAAACUAAAGUCGUCCCCAAAGCUCAUAAGGAAAAUGAAGCCAAAGCCUCGCUCAAGAAGGGAGCACCUGAAGCCAUCACCACAUCACACGAUGAAAAGAAGAAACCCGUUGAAGAUUCACAGAAGUCAAAACACCAUGACGAUUCCAACAAGUCCAGCACGCAGAGCCUCAGUGACACGGGAUACUCCUCAGAUGGGAUCUCCGGCUCCGUGGGCGAGAUCACAGGCCAUAUCCGUGAGGAUCCGGGGUUAAAGCUGAGUGAACGUAGCCUCUCCAGCCCCUCUGAGAUCACUAAGUUAGAGAGCUCCAUGCGGCCACUGCUAGAGUCCAGGUCCAAGACUGCUACAGACCAGGGCGGGGAGAACAACUCUGACAGGGAGGUGUCGGACGAUCUCAGCUCCAAGCUGCGCCACGACUAUGUGGAGGACAGCAGCGAGACUGGUCUGUCCCCCUUACCGCCCAGGCAGAAGAAGUCCCAUAAAGAAAUGACAGAUGAGGAGUUCAUGAGGAGGAAGAUCAUGGAAAUGAGCGCUGACGAGGACGAGAUGGAGGAGGAGGAAGGGUACGGCUACCAGAAAACGAAAAACAAAAAGGAUUUGGGGAAGGAGAAACGACGCAGCCUCACCCACCAUUCCAGUAGUUUUGAGGAGGACACCAAGGGGGUAGAUGACGAAGACGAUGAAGGUAUGAUGGCUUCCCAAGGAGGCCUGCGGCGGUUUAAGACCAUUGAGCUGAACAACUCAGAGCAUGACCUCAGAGAGCCAGAGCUGGAGAUGGAGAGUCUGACUGGAUCACCAGAGGAGCGGUCGAGGGGGGAGUAUUCAUCCACCCUUCCUGCCACAACUCCCAGUUAUACAUCUGGCACGUCCCCUACCUCCUUGUCCUCCAUGGAGGAUGACAGUGACAGCAGCCCCAGCCGCAGGCAGAGACUGGAGGAAGCCAAGCAGCAAAGGAAGGCUCGCCACCGCUCCCACGGCCCACUCCUGCCCACCAUCGAGGACUCAUCCGAGGAAGAUGAGCUGAGAGAAGAAGAGGAGCUUCUGAGAGAGCAGGAGAAGAUGAGAGAUCUGGACCUGCAGAGGAUCCGCAGUACAGCCAGGAAAACCAAGAGGGACAAAGAGGAGCUAAGGGCCCAGAGACGUAGAGAGAGAUCCAAGACUCCCCCCAGCAACCUCUCGCCCAUCGAGGAUGCCUCCCCGACAGAGGAGUUGAGACAGGCAGCGGAGAUGGAGGAGCUCCACAGAUCCUCCUGCUCAGAGUAUUCCCCUUCCAUGGACUCAGAGGCAGAGAGCUUUGAAAUGAUGAGCUCCAAGCUUUACAAGUCAGGAAGCCACCAAAACCUACCCACCUUCAUGUCUCUCUACUCCCCCACUGAAAAACAUACUGCCACUUCACCGUUGGACAAGACACUGAAAAGUGCAGAGGAGGUGUAUGAAGAAAUGAUGAGGAAAGCAGAGAUGCUGCAGCAGAGACAGCCAGGAAGGCCAGGCCAACAACAAGGAAGUCCGCAAAGGCAACCGGCUGGAGCACCUCAGCCUAGCAGCAAACAACAUCUAGGCACUGGAGCACCUUUAACCCCUGGCUCCAGCCCCACACAAAUCUCUGCACCUGUUUCCUUCUCCCCAAACGACCCACGUGGGGCUGGAAAAGGGGUCCCACCAGGAAUCAGUGUGACACAGCAUCUAUCGAAAGAAACCCAAGACCGGAUGAGGACGCAGACUGCCAAAAUAGGGGGUGUUAUCCCCCCAGUGGCUGGAAGACCAGGUCCUCAGGGACCAGCACAGGGGGCGCCUCCUCCUGACUCUGGAGCGCCCUCCAUCGCAUCCUCCCUCUUCUCCUAUUUCAAAGGCCCCAGUCCUCCUGUUUCCCCUUCCCCCUCUCCCUCACAGAGUCCCACUCAUUCCCUGUCCCUACGACCUACAGGGCCUGGUGUGUCCCCACAAGAUUCUCAGCCUGGCGCUGGUGGCGCAACCUCUCCAGUACCACCGCAACAACAUGGAGCCCAGAUGCCUCGAAGAACAGCAUCACCAUGCCUUGCAAGACAACAGUCCUCCUCCGACUCACCAGUAAUGGGGAUAACGCUGGGCUCUAAGACCACCACCAGUCCUGCCAGGCCUCUGACUGUAAACUCCUCCACUUCUCCCCUGUCCUCGCCAACACAGGCUAUCCGUCAACCCAUGUAUCAGCAAUAUAUUCCUUCAACAAGCUCUCCAACGUCCCCACAAAUGCAUCUAUCGCAACAAUCCCCUCACCAUGAUUUACAGAGGCCCCAAAAUGCAGAGAGGGUUAAUAUUGGUAUAAGCAUGACAAUGACAACCACAGCUACCACAUACAGUCGUGGGUCAAUAUCAAUGGAAAAUAUCUCCCUAUGUAGGAUCUCCAAUGUCCCAGGUACCUCUAGGGUCGUAGAGCAGGGCCAAAUGCAAAUGCGUCCGACUAGACCUGCAUCAGUAGUGGACCUGAGAGCACCCAUGAAGGCUGCCCCAAUCAUCAUGACAGACCAGGGCAUGGAUCUAACAUCUCUGGCAACUGAUACAAGAAGGUAUUCCCUCGAUGCUGAACAACCCCACAACCAUCACAAAUCGGUGCAGCCACUGAAUGCUGCCAUGAACCUGAAUGCACAAAAGCAGCCGCAUGUUUCGGCAUCCACUCCAACAACAGUCAGCGUCACCGUGGCAGCCUCCAUGUUUAUAUCUCAGCCGAAGGGGCAUCCAGUGAUUUACGGAGAUCCGCUGCAGAACCGUAUGGACCUGGGGCAAGGCGUUGGAUCAGCAAUGUGUCUUACACAAACUAAGCCACCCAUUACUGACCCAUCCAUUCCUAAGAUUGAUGCGUGUCUGGAGGAUCUGGGCAUCCAGCAGCAGCAGCUCCAGAUGCAGCAGCAGAAGCUCCUACAGCAACAACAGCUCCUCGAGCAGCAGCUCCAGCAGCACCAGCAUUCUUCCUUUGCUCGCUAUAACCUAGCGAAUCAGGUCCAGCCGCUGUUGCUGAAGAAAGACCUGGUGGUUCGCCAGACGAGCAGUGGCAGUGACCAGCCUGUGGUCAGUGUGAUUCCUAGAGUAUCUCCCAUGCCGCCCCAGCCAGCGUCUAUAGUUCUACCUCCCUCUAACAAUCAUCAUGACUAUGGUCAGAGUGGGCUUGCCUUGGAGUUGAAGAACAAGCCCACAGUUAUGAACCUGUCUACAGGAAAGCCCCAUGUCAUGAUGGUCCAACUGGAAGAUAGCAAUGCGUCUCAGAUGACCACUGUGACUCAGCUGGUCAAAGAGCCUCCUCCUCCCCAGGUCCUGGAUCUCACUGGUGGACAGAUACAGAAACCAGAGAACCAAGUGGCUUGUUGUGACGUUGUUUACAAGCUACCCUUUGCUGGUAGCUGUGCAGGUAACUUAACUCAGAAAAAUUCUACCACUGAAUCUUCCCAAGUCACUCUUCCACCCCCUGCCCCACACUACAGUGUAGGCCAGCAGAAACAACAACAACAGCCACAACAACAACAACCACCACCUGGUAAUAAUGGCUACCAGGCAGAAAGCAUGCAAGGAGCACCAGAGGAGCGUAAACCGAUGCAGGGAGUCCCUCUAUACCCUAUACCCCUUGGAGGCAGGCUUCAACCUUCCAUGUCUGACACCAACCUGUCUAAUACAGGUCUUCAGUACUAUCAGAGGACUGACCCUGGGGACCUGGCAGUGGAUCUGAGCACCAUGAAUCAGGCCUACGAAGGAGGAUAUCUUGGCAUGGGUGCACAAUAUGGAUCCUACACAGACUUAAGUCAUCAAGGAGAUGUUGCAGGUCCUCCCUUGCCCCUGCGAAGGUACGGCUCCAUGUCCAACAUCAACCAAGACUAUGGCUAUGGUCAGGCAGUUUUACCGGAUGCCAACCUGGCACAGUAUAGUGCCACCACUGCCAGGGAGAUCAGCCGAAUGUGUGCAGCUCUGAACUCUAUGGACCAGUUCGGUCAACGGUACAGCAACCCUGAGAUGAUGCAGUAUGGUUCUGGAAGUGGAGCAGGGCCUGCAGCCAGGCUCAACCUACAGCAAAGCUUAGCAUCAAUCCGAGCCAACCUACUCUAUGGCCCUGAUGGGAGGCCCACUGCACACGGCCACGCCCUAACCAAUCUGAUCAAUGCCAGACAAGCAAGCAUACGGGCCUUAUAUCCAUCUGCAAUGAGAGGAGCUGACGGUAUGACAUAUUCCACCAUCAACACCCCAAUAGCCUCUACCUUGCCAAUAACCACCCAGCCCCCCUCUGUUCUGCAACCUAUGCCACAAGGAAUAUACCGACCUUACCCUGCAGGCGUGACCGCUGUACCACUGGCGAGCCUCACCAGGUUGCCUCAUAUGACCCCAAAGAUGCCUCUGUCCACACAGGGACAUUACGGUUACCCUCCUCCCAACCAGUUCCCUACAACGGCUGGUGUUCCUGGAAGUGUACCUGCCACGAGCACCUCCACCCAAGAAGCUCCUGUCUACCUUGGGAAGCCUUCUGCAGCCGUCUCUGUGCACACGGCUGCAACCUUACCACUGGCCCAGCCAAUUUCUCAUAUGGGUGGACAAAUUACUGCAAUGCCAAUUCAGUCUGCAGUAGUCCCUGCAAACCAACAGACCCCCCAAACUCAAAUCCAAGCACACAAUGUUACGACACACCCUCAUACUCAAACUCAAAUGCAAGUCCAAAUGCAGCAACAAAUACAGUCCCAAAUACAGCAACAAAUACAGUCCCAAAUACAGCAACAAAUGCAAUCUCAAAUGCAACAACAAAUAGCAACUCAAACUCAAGCUUCAUUUCUGACUCAAACCCAGUCCCAGCCUGUAACUCAGCCUGCUCCACAGGCUCUAGUGCAGCCCCAUCUGCAGACCAUUCGCCAGAUUGCUUCUACUGCAGCAGCCAGCACCACCAUCACCACUUCGGUCGAUCCAGAGCUGGAGAAGGUAGAGGAGCGUUUGAGACAGCAACAGGAGCAGAUGCUGCAGAUGGAGCGAGAGCGCGUGGAGCUGGAGAAACUUCGGCAGAUGCGCCUGCAUGAGGAACUAGAGCGAGACCGCAUGGAGCUCCAGAGGCACAGGGAGAAAGAACAAAUGCUGGUGCAGCGCGAGAUUCAGGAGCUGCAGACCAUCAAACAGCAUGUCCUGCAUCAGCAACAAUCAGAGAGGGAGACCCAGCUGGUCAUGCAGAGGGAACAGCUAUCCCAGCAGAGGAUGCAACUGGACCAGAUCCAGUCGCUACAGCAGCAGCUCCAGCAGCAGUUGGAGGAGCAGAAGAGGCAGAAGACUGCAGUGGUGGAGGCAUCAGCUGUGGCCGCAGCAGCAGCUGCUGCAUCUGCAGCAGCAUCUGCUGCAGCCACUUCCACUCAAGGUGCCAUACAAGGGGUAGUAGUCGGAGGAAUAACCCCUCAAGGUGCCAUACAAGGGGUAGUAGUCGGAGGAGGAGGAGGAGGAGGAGGAGGAACUCCUCAAGGUUUCAUCAUCUGUGACCAGAGUGGUAGGGUGAUUCAACAGGACGGCCAAAGUGUACAGUUCUGGCAACCUCACAUGGAAGGGCAGGUGGUCCAAGCAAUGGUGACCCCAAGGCCCAUACCAAGCUCUGCCUCUGAGAUGUCCUUGAAAAACAGUGAGAAUCAGUUGGGGUCCAGGAUCAUGAAGAAGCAAAACUCUAUGCCUCGUCUUAGGGAUGGAUCGGAGGAGGAGCUGGUGAGGAGGAUUGCAGAUAGCUGCGUGCAGACUGACGAUGAAGAGGGUGAGGACAGGUACAUGAACCGCAAGGGCAGGAGAACCAGGCGGAUCGCCGACUGCAGCGUCCAGACAGACGACGAGGAUCAGGCAGCUUGGGAGCAACCGGUUAGGCGCAGGAGAUCACGCUUAUCCAAACAUUCAGACUCUAGCGGCGAGGUCAAAUCCGAUGGAACCGCCAAAGUGUCCUCCUCCAGCAUAGCCAUUCAGACCACCAACGACUCCUCAUGCCAGACUGAGGCCGACCAGUUGGGCAGGAUCUCACCUGCAAUCCACAUCACUGCGGCUGAGACAAAUAAGGUGGAGCUGCUUCACUACAUCUCUGCCCCAGAGAGAACCCAUACGGGUGAGAGCUUGGCCUGUCAGACAGAACCGGAGGCCCAGUCUCAGGGGGUGGUGGCUCCUCAGCUCAGCGUCCCCACCACCAUCAGCCCAUAUUCCACCUCUAUGCAGAUGGUGGGCUCCACCCCACCUCCUCCCCAAGGGGUGGCUAAGUUCGAAAGGAGGAAACCUGACCCUCUGGAAAUCAACUACCAAAGCCAGCAGCAGAACGAGUCCCCGUCUCGCCAGCCUCCCAAGUCUCCCCAGGUGCUGUACUCCCCUGUGUCCCCGCUGUCGCCCCAUCGGAUGCUGGAAACCACCUUCGCCUCCCAGGAGAAGCUCAACAAGGCACAUGUCACGCCCCAGCAGAAAGCUUUCACUGCAGAGUCUCCUCAGCGUCACCAGAGCCUCCCCAGACCUAUCAAGAGUGUGCAGCGCUCCAUGUCGGACCCCAAACCCCUCAGCCCCACUUCAGAAGACCCUGCCAAGAACAGGUUCUCCCCUUACCAUCAGCAGGCCCUCUCCAACAGUCAGAUGGCCACCCUGCAGCAGCAGCAGAACUCUCUGAUGAGAAAGGUGAAGAGGACCCUACCCAGCCCACCUCCAGAGGAGAGCCCUCUCCCUAUCGUCACCCCAGCCAUGUCCCACAUGUACAGCAGCUCCCCGGGGAUGCAGCCCCAGAGGGUGCUGCCCAGGCCUGCCCAGGGGGUCACCAAGGCCGGCCUGCUGAGCGAGCUGAAGGCCGUGGAGCAAGAGUCCACCAAGCUCCGCAAGCAGCAGCAGGAGCUAGAGGAUGAGGAGAAGGAGAUUGACGCCAAGCUGCGGUACCUGGAACUAGGCAUCCAUCAGCGCAAGGAGACCCUGGUGAAGGAGAGGGAGAGGAGGGAGCUGGCCUACAUGCGCUGCAUGGGCGACGCCCGCGACUACAUGUCAGACACCGAGCUCAAUAACUUGAGGAUGGUGGCAGCCACGGGAACGUUCGACGGUAAUGGUCUGCUGACGAGGCCCAGCACGGCGCCGCUGAGCCAGUUCCCCAACGACCUCGGCCCAGCCUCCCAGUACCCGCCCACCUCCUCCUACAUGGCCUAUCAGUACCCACAGAGCCAGCCCACGCCCACACAGCAGCCAACCGCUGCUUACCAACAGAUCGGUUUCCAGUCCCCUCAAUACCCUAUAGCCUCCCAGCCCCAGCCAGGCACCUUCCUGCCCCAUCCACCCCAAGGCCCAGGCUACCAGACUCAGCCAAGCUACCCAGCCCAUGGGGGCUACGGCCAGACUUCCUACCCGACAGACCUGGGCAUGCAGCAGCAUGGCCACCAGGGUUUCCAGCCUCCCAACCCCUCUAUCCCGGGCCAGAACCUCCCCUACCCAGGCCAGAGCCCAUAUUCUGGCCAGGGCAUGUCCUUCCUGCCGCAGGCUGAGAUCCUCACGGUCCACCAGAGGCCUCAUCAGACCUCCUUGGCUGACCUGGAACAGAAGUUGCCCACCAACUAUGAGGUGAUCAGUAACCCUGCUGUGUCGGUGGCCACAUCAGCUCCAGACACCGGCUUUGGCUCAGUCUAUGCCUCCAACACCAUGCCCAAUGCCUAUGGGCAGUACCGCCCCCCGGAGCCAGGCCUGACACACGGUGUGGAUAGCCCCACGUCGUCCUACGCUGCAGACGGCCUCUACACCGCAAACCUGGAGCAGAACAUCCCCAGGAACUAUGUCAUGAUCGACGACAUCAGCGAGCUGACCAAAGAGAACACAGGCUCGUCUGUUGAUGUUCUGGGACAUCCUGUUGCAGGACGCUAUGGUGAGAAUGGCCCUGCGCACCAAACUGGCUAUGGCAAUGAGCCUGUGGACCCGUACAUGUCUGCAGGCCCCACAGGCUACCACCAGCAGGGCUCUGUGGACCCCCGGACCAGCACCACUAUAGGUGGUGGGGGAUCUUCUUAUUACUAUGACGACUAUAAUAAACACCCCAGCACAACACGCCCGGGGACCCAGAAACACCCAUCCAAGAACCUGGCUCCCGCAGUUGUCUCCUCUGGUAAGCGCAGCAAGCACAGAAAGCAGGGCAUGGAGCAGAAGAUCUCCAAGUUCUCCCCCAUCGAGGAGGCACGGGACGUGGAGUCCGACCUGGCCUCUUACACCAUGACCACCUCCACCGGCGGCAGCUGCACUGUGGUGUCUCGGUCCGGGGUGAAGAAGAGCGGCUACGACCAGCGGAACUACUAUGGUGGCCACCCGGGAAGCCGGGAAGCCCUGGAAGAAGAGGACCGGAUGUACGGCUCGGGGAGGUCCCGGUCUACUGGCUAUGGCAUGGACAAGAUCUCCUCCAGGGACUCCUCCAGGAGCAAGUCCUACGAGAGGGAAGCCAUGGAGCGGUCUCAGAGAGGCGGUGGUGGACGGCCCGGACUGCGCACCCAUAACUCAGAGGAGGAGAGCCCACUCAGCCCCGUGGGGAAGCCUGUGGGGGUCGGACGAGGCGGUACAGGGGUACCAGUGGACCCCCAUGACGUGAGGAACCAGUAUGGCUCCAGCCACUCCCUGCCGGAUGUCCAGGACCACCACAUGAAGGACCUGCCCAGGAGCCACGUGUACAAGCCAGAUGACCCAUAUCUCGUAGACGAUCAGCACGCUGCUGUGUCGGACAGUGAAGCCUAUCAUCUGGGUCAGGAGGAGACGGACUGGUUUGAGAAGCCAAGGGAGGCUCGCUCCAACCGCUCCAGACACCAUGGGAGCGCAGGGCACAUCUCCACUGGUAGACAACAGACCGGCGCCAACGUGAAGCACACCUACCAUGACUAUGAUGAGCCUCCCGAAGAACAGGACCUGUGGCCUCAGGACGAGUACAACAACCAACCUCGCCACCCCUCGUCCACCUCAUCAUCCCGCGACCACCGUGGUCACCAAGGCAGCAGCGGCGGCAGCUCGGGGAGGCAUUGCUCUUCCCGCCACUCCGGCGAGGAGCCUCGGACGUCCAGCCGCUCCUCCAGAACACACCCCAAAGACCAAUCCGCCCGCUCUGAGGGCCGUGGAUCCUCCUCUACCCAGAAGAGGGGAGGGGAGGAACCACGCUCCUCCCGGGAUGUCUACCGGGACCGGGACUCUAGAGACUACUCCUCUCGUGACCUGGCCUCCGGCCACCACCGCGAGGGCACCAGUGGCAGGGGUCAGAAGCCGCCAGGCUCGUCCUCCAGGAGACAGGAAGGGGUUCCUUCUGCAGGGGCCAAGCAGGGUCUGGGGCAACAGCCCCAGGGGGGUCCAGGCGGGCAGCAGCAACAGCCCCAGGGGAGUCCAGGCGGGCAGCAGCAACAGCCCCAGGGGGGUCCAGGCGGGCAGCAGCAACAGCCCCAGGGGGGUCCAGGCGGGCAGCAGCAACAGCCCCAGGGGGGUCCAGGCGGGCAGCAGCAACAGCCCCAGGGGGGUCCAGGCGGGCAGCAGCAACAGCCCCUGUCAGGCAGACAUCCUGGAUUCCAAGGGCCAGACGGGGGCCAACCGUCCCAGCAGCAGCAACGUACCCAGCAGCAGCAGCCUCCACAGCAGAGCCAGCCUUCCCAGACCAUAGCCGGGGGCCCUCAGGCCACUCCAGUCACUGCAGGCCCAGGACCCAUAGCAGGACCAGGGCCGGCACAACAGCAGGCUAAACCUGGCCAGACUCCGGCACAAGGCCGGCAGCCAGCCGGACCUACCGCAGGCCAGCCAACAACCACAGCCGUGACUUCUGCCACACCUGCAUCAGCUAUUGGGGUGAUGAAACCUGCAGCAACGAUUGGGGGGGCAGCAGCAGCACAGCCACCCAAGACAGCUACACCACCCCUCACAGGCAUCGGCUCUAAAGCAACCCCCCCUGGAGGGAUAGGUAGCCGGCCUGGUGGGAUCGGCAUUGCAGUGGCAGGUCAGCCCCCAGCAGAGGGCGUCAACGUUCUCACCAAUAUCCUGGGAGGGGCGGGAGGCGCAGCUGAACAGGCGGGGAAACUGGGAGAUGCUAUUUCUGGCCUCGGGAAGAAGUUCACUUCAUUUUGGUGAAUGGAAGAAAGGAGGGGUAUGAGGAGUUACGAUGGAGGGGGAUUGGAGGCUUGGUACUAGAAAAAUCUAUGAAACUGUUUUCGGCAUUUUAUACAUUUCACUAUCACAAUGAAGCGGAGAAGGAGGAGGAGGGUACCUGAGUGCAUCAAUGCACCAGCAGAAUGCCAACGAGAGCCUACCUCACAGCUCCCGUAGGAGAGGGAAUGAAGAUACAAUCCUGUCUGUCUCACCUCCCUGUUUGUCUCUCUGCUUACUGAGAGAAAUACCACCUGAUCCAGGAACAGAACAGGGAGCUGUCACACCGUAGGCUUGGCUUCCGCAUCACUCAGCUCAGAAGGACAACAACGGAGGAUGCUGCUUCUUCACCUAAAUCUCUGUCAUCUUGGAGAGCAUACUGAGUUUCAUCAGAGCUCUCCCAUCACUUGCUGUGGUUCUGUGAUUCUAAGACAAGGCCAGAUGGGAGCCAUUGUAGAAGGAAAUGUCACAUCUGGUCAAAAGUAGUGCACUAUAUAGGGAAUAGGGUGGCAUUUGUAAUGCAGACUCUAAGGAGUCCACAUCUGACCAGAAUCAUUCACGACUCCACACUUUUGUGGUCAGAGGGCCUUAUACCACCAUCACCAUUAUAACACAGUGGAGGAGGGAGAUAGAUACACAGCUCAUAGGUUUUACUAGUACCUAAGAGACCUCUGCCAACUAUGACACUAACUACUACACUGGAGAAGGCAAGACAAGACAAACAAACGGCGACAGACAAACAAACAAACAAACAAUGCCCUGGUUAUGAACCACUUGAAUGCUUGGUUUCUAUGAUCUCUACAUUCCAGGGAACAAUGACCCUUUCUUUGAAUGUGUUUUUAUUUCUCCUCCACAUGUUGUGAUGAUAUGAUGUCUACAGAAUGCAACAUGUACAUGUGGACACUGGAAUGCACGCACAAUAAUAAUUAAAAAAGAAACCCAUAUCUUCUUAACACUUUUUCACCACUACGUCCAGAAGAGGAUUCAUCAGACAUUACUAGACGAGUAGGAUAAAGAGAGGAGAAGCUACCAGUGUGCCCACCAAUAGAGUGUGAGAUCCACACAGGAGAGAGGACCAGAUGGAACGCAAGCAAGCGUGACCAUGGCUGUCUUUUAGCCAUCGCAAAGCCAUCACUUGUCAAUCCCAGAGCACUUUGGGAUUUCUUUUUUUUAUAUAUAUAAAGUAUUUUCAUCUUGUUUAAUUUCUUAUCAUUUUUGCCUGAUAUUAAUUCUGAAAAGAAGCGCCUUAUUCGGUACAUAUUUUUUACUUGUAUACCUCAUAUGUUUUGAAAAGUCCAUGUCAUACCUUUCUUAAUUUUGUUUUGCACAACUGUAUACUUUUGUAUGUACAUAAAUCUAUCGAGAACACUGAUAAUGUAAAUUAUUAAUUUGUGUUUUUAUUCAUUUAUAUUCAUGUGACUUCUGUUUUUAUGUUUUUGUUUGGUAAAUCUAUAUUUUAUGGUCUAUUGUUUUCUUAUUUAUUAUCUUACAUUUUUUAAUAAUCUUCUGGUUGAUUUAAAGCAAUAGCAUGCAUAAAAUGAUAUACAGCACAUUGGUGUUAAUGUUGUUUAAAUUCAUGGAUGGCAAUAUCUGAAACAUGUUGAUAAACAUCAGCAAUAUGUCAGAGAGAGUUGCACAACUACACAUACACACCUAAAUCUCUAUGUUUACACUUACUCACACAGAGACAUACAUGCAAACACACACACAUGCAGGAGUGGCUGGAAGCAAUCAUAAUUAAUGUUCUAUGCAAUGAUUCAUUUUGAAACUGGAACAGACAAAAAACAAAGUUUAAUACCAUAAUGACCAAUGUUACUCACUAGAAUCCAACAACAUUGUGAACUGAAAGACAUCAAAAACCGUUAUGAACAUAUUUGUACUUUGCUAAUUGUAUUUAUGGAUCUGAAUAUUUAACUAUUGAAUGUAGACUUUUAUUUUCGUGGCAUGUUUUAUAGUACCCCAUUACUCCCCAUAUGGGGGGACUUGUUGCCAAAGGGUUGACUGUGUAGACUGUCAGUCAUGAAUGUCCAUCUUAAUGCUUGAAGCAUGAUUUGCUUGGCUUUGUCCGGCUGUUUGUAUGCUCUCAUUCAGUCCUGGUGUGUGUGUGGCUUGACCAGGCACUGUGCCAUGGUGUGUUCAGCUGUCGAGUCUGUGCUGCUUUACAAACCUGUGAGGCGGUUGGUCAGGAAUUCUCAUUAUAAAAUGUCAUUCAGUGUGCGCAUCGGCUGUCAGUAUAUAACCUGAAGGGUGGAGGAUUCAUUUCAGGUAUCUGAUUGGUUGAUCAGACUGUACAACAAAUAGAAUGGUUCCUUAUGUCUCUGCAUUAGGAAUGGCAUCAUGUAGUAAUAGAUUAUGAGGGAAACAACUUGAUGUGCUUUGAAGCCACUAAAAGGUACAUACAAAGAACAACAUCAAGGUAUCAUUAGUAGUUGGAGGAACAAAUGGGAGAAAUCCUAACCUCCACUUAGCCAUGCAUUGCAUUUUAAGUUGAAGUUAGGAUUCACCCUUAAAUGAACAGUCUAGAACUCAACCAGUGGACCACUGAACCUUCCAUAUCCAAGGCUAGUCUAGAGGGAAUCUAAAGGGUACCACAGUACUGUCAAUCAGGUCAGAGAAACACAACAUUCUGCUGAGCCCAAGUCAAUCAUUCAUCCAAUCAGGGCAUGUUAUAAUUAAAGCACAAGCCUGACUGGUAUGUAAAGACAGAAAUAUAACACCAAUAGCAUAUGUGUUAUUGAUUUCAAGGAGAGGUAAAACAAAUGUGUUAUCUCACGGUAAUAAUAUAAAUGAGAGUGCAGGAUGAAUCCAAAGAGGGACCUUGGUAUAGAUAGCUGCGAGCUCACCAUCUUUACGGAGACGUUGUGGUUGAUAAGAGAAGCAUGAGACCAGACAGCCUUCACUGACUGUAGCUGUCUAAAUGGACAGACAGACAGACAGACAGACAGACAGACAGACAGACACACAAACACACAUUCUCACUGUAAAUACAGAUGGAUUCUUCUGUACAGCGUUUGAGUUCAUAGUACGGUCGUCUUGUGCAUUCCCACACCGUACUUGCUGCCAACUUUUGUGCUUUUGUGUAUAAAAUAAUAUUUAUUGUAAUUAAAUAUCAUGAUUAUGAAUAUAAUGAUGAAAUAAGCAUAGUGUAUCUGGCUGGCUCGUAUUGACUGUUGGCAACAUUGGAAUAAACUUGUAUUCAGAUACAUAUUCGGUCUGUGUAGAGUUUCUAUACAUAUUGUGUUUGUAAAACAAGGAGAAAUACCUACAUGGUAAAAGUUUAUCCAGGCGUUCUAUUGUCAUUCUAUCGGGAGGUUUCAAAGUUGAUGAGAAAUUAUCCAUUUUUUAAAAAGAGAUUGAAAUAAGAGGAAAAAGCUAAUUGAAAAUGCAACAAAAAAAAUCCAGAAAAAGUCUAACUCAAGUCAUUCACUGUUGUAAGUGCAAUGGGCGAAACGUCAGUUGUGUAUCCAUUGUGAAACCUUGUGUUCUAUUCAGUGUAUUCCUGUAAACAGAUAGAGUAAAAUUUUGGUGCAUCAUGUCAUGUAAUGUGAUUAAUGAAAAUAUUGACCCUGCAAUUUCUUUCCAAUCAGGAAAAAUAAUAAAGAGAAAAUCAAGAAUC